AUGAUAUUUUUUAUCAUUCCCAUAGAUGUGUCUAAUUCCCUUUUUUUGGAAUCCUACUCUUGUUCUCCAUAACAUCUUGUGACGCUUGCAAUGGGGUACAACUGAAUGUAAGGAGCUGAAUCGUUAUCCAGGGAAGCCAAUACACCGAAGAUGUCACCCAGGAAAUCCAAGAGGAAUGUGAGCCAGAGCCCUGAGCAGGACAAACCCUGUGAGAGCCAAUGCAGGCCAGAGGAGCCAGAGCCCAUGAAGAAGAGACCAGUGAAACUCAUCCAAGGAAUUAAGAAGCGAAAGGACUUUGUGGUGCACCAGGGAACCCAGACAGAGGAGAGCCCCAACAUCUGCAUCGAGUGUGGGAAAAGUUUUACCCAGAACUCCAGCCUCAUCAACCACCGUAGAACCCACACGGAUGAGAAGCCCUACAAAUGCCCCGACUGUGGUAAAUGCUUCGGCGUCAGCUCCAGCCUCAGCCGGCACCAGCGCAUCCACACAGGCGAGAAGCCCUAUGCCUGCCCUGACUGCGGGAAGAGCUUCAGCGACAAGUCCAACCUAACCCAGCACCAGCGUGUCCACACGGGUGAGAAGCCCUACAAGUGUAUUGACUGCGGGAAGAGCUUCAGCCGCAGCUCCCACAAGAAGAAGCACCUGCGGCACCUGAUGGGCAAGAGGCCAGGCAAGUGCUCAUCACCGCAGCAGCGUGAGGGUGCCGUGGGGAAGGCCAAGGCCAGGAGGAAGGUGGAGGUGUUGAACACGUGCACCGAGUGCUGGCAGAGCUUCAGCCAGAAUGCCGAUCUCAUCAAGCACAUGAGGAUCCACACGGGCGAGAAGCCCUUCAAAUGUACUGACUGCGGGAAGAGCUUCAGUGUCAGCUCCAACCUCUUCCGGCACCAGCGCAUCCACACCGGGGAGAAACCCUACACAUGCUCUGACUGUGGGAAAAGCUUCACUGAUAAGUCCACCCUGACCCAGCACCAGCGCAUCCACACGGGCGAGAAGCCCUACAUCUGCACCUUCUGUGGGAAGGGCUUCAGCCACAGCUCCCACCACAAGAGACACGAGAAAAUCCACAAGGGCGAGAACCCGCUACUGACCUUCCCCACCCAGACACCACCUGAAAUGUCACCCAAAAAGUCCAAGGGGAAUGUGGCCAAGACCCUGGAGAAGAAGAAGCCCAAGAACAAGCGUAAGUUGGAGAAGCCAAAGCGCAGCCCCCCAGAGGAAGAGACCCUGGUCUACCAGCCACUGCCCAAGGGUGACAGGCCCAACCUGUGCUCCGAGUGCGGGAAGAGCUUCCUGCACAGCUCGGAUCUGGUGAACCACCAGCGCAUCCACACGGGUGACAAGCCUUUCAUCUGCACUGACUGCGGCAAGAGCUUUCGGCAGAGCUCCACACUCAUCACCCACCAGCGCAUCCACACCGGUGAGACCCCCUACGAGUGCAGCUACUGCGGGAAGAGCUUCCGCGUCAGCUCCAACUUCGUGCGGCACCAGCGCAUCCACACAGGCGAGAAGCCCUACAAGUGCCCCAUCUGCGGGAAGAGCUUCACAGACAAGUCAACUCUGACCCAGCACCAGCGAACCCACACCGGCGAGAAGCCGUACAAAUGCGCUGACUGUGGGAAGAGCUUCAGCCGCAGCUCACACCGCAAGCGGCACCUGCGGAACCCGCCCGCCAAAGGUCGGGGCAAGUGCUCCCACCGGAGCGGGGAAGCCGCUGUGGCCAAGGCCAAGGAGAUCAAGGUCAAGAAGCGGACUCAGACCAUCGAGAUUCCCAACACGUGCGCUGAGUGCUGGCAGAGCUUCAGCCAGAACUCGGACCUGGUCAAACACAUGCGGAUCCACACAGGAGAGAAACCCUUCAAAUGCACCCACUGUGGGAAGCGCUUCAGCGUCAGCUCCAACCUGACCCGGCACCAGCGCAUCCAUACCGGGGAGAAACCCUACAAAUGCCCCGACUGUGGGAAGAGCUUCACUGACAAAUCCACUCUGACCCAGCACCAGCGCAUCCAUACGGGCGAGAAGCCCUACAUCUGCAUCUACUGCGGGAAGAGCUUCAGCCGCAGCUCCCACCACAAGAGACACGAGAGAACCCACUCCGGGGAGAGGCCCAACAUGUGCAUUGAGUGUGGGAAAAGCUUCACCCAGAGCUCAGACCUUAUGAACCAUCAGAGAACCCACACAGGGGAGAAACCCUAUAAAUGCAUCGACUGCGGGAAGAGCUUCAGCGUCAGCUCAAACCUGAGUCGACACCAGAGAACCCACACAGGGGUGAAGCCCUAUCCCUGCACUGAUUGCGGGAAAAGCUUCACAGACAAGUCCACGCUGACCCAGCACCAACGCGUCCACACGGGUGAGAAGCCUUUUAAAUGCAUCGACUGUGGGAAGAGCUUCAGCCGCAGCUCCCACCACAAGAGGCAUCUAAGGAGCCCUCCAGGGAAGAGGCAGGACAAAUGCAUACACUGGGAAAGUGCCACUAUUGGGAAGGUGAAAGAAACUAAAGUGUCUAAGAAGAAAACCCCGACCAUCGAGAUCCCCAACACGUGCGCCGAGUGCUGGCAAAGCUUCAGCCAGAACUCGGACCUGGUCAAACAUAUGAGGAUCCACACAGGAGAGAAACCCUACGAGUGUCCUGACUGCGGAAAAAGAUUCAAUGUCAGCUCAAACCUUAUCAGACACCAGAGGAUUCACACAGGAGAGAAACCCUACACGUGCUCUGACUGCGGGAAAAGCUUCACUGACAAAUCCACUCUGACCCAGCACCACCGGAUCCACACAGGAGAGAAACCCUACAUAUGCACUUACUGCGGGAAAAGCUUCGGCCGCAGCUCCCACCACAAGAGACAUGAGCGAACCCACACUGGGGAGAAUCCUGUGUCCUUUCUGCCCUUGUGGCCCUACCCCACCCAGACAUACUGAAAUGAUCCCAUAGGUUCUGGGCAGUGGGAGCUGAGGGCCCAGGAACCAAGUGGGAGAUUUUCCCAAGCCCCAGCGUGAUUCAGUAGCACAAUCCCCAUCAGCUUCCAGUAAGAGAUAGGGUCCCCUGUGCUUGCGUCACUUCUGGGCAUGAGACCUAGGUACCUAAAUCAAUUAGGUGUUGCAAUGCUGCGUAGAGUUACGUCUUGAUAACUGUAAGAAUUUGGGCCUGAAAUCCCACCCAGAACGAAGGGAGAUCCAUCAGUGAUUUUCAUUAGAGAAUUAAGGAGUAAGCUACCCAAAUUCCAUUAGUAGUAUUUGUAUCGUGGUAGCGCCUAGCAGCCCCAGUCAUGGACAAGGAACCGCAGUGCUAGGUGCAGUACAAACACAGAACAGAGAGAUGGUCCCUGCCCCACAGAAUCAACAGGAUCUGGGUGCCUAACUCACUUAGACACCAUGAACAUUCAGAAUUUCAUAGAGUUUAGGGCUGGAGAAGACCAUUAGAUCGUCUGUCCUGACCUCCUGUACACCACAGGCCAUGAAUCUCACUCAAAUACCACUAUAUCAAGCCUAAUUACUUUAGUUAAACUAAAACCUUUCAGCGCUUAAGAGACUGAAUUGUUGUGAGCCAGAGUAGAGAACAGGAGAGACCAAGGCGCCCCUACCAUGGCUGGGAAUUGAUUAGGUGAGAGAUGCUGGUAUGAUCCCAGCAUCUCUGCACCAGGGGAAAAUUCUUACCCAACCCCAAAUCUGGUGAUCAGUCUGACCCUGGGCAAGUGGGCAAAACCUACCAGCCAGGCAUAUAGAAAGAGGAUUCUCUGAACCACUUCAGAGCACUGGCUUACCUCACCUGGGUCUUGUUGCCAAUCUCUGAUGCUUCAGGGAAAGGUGAAAAAGGAACCCAGAUACAUCUGGCCAAUGGUGCAUUGGAAAAAAAUUCCUGUCCCCUGCAGGGGAGCAUCUGAAGAAUGAGAUUUGGUUAUUGUCAUUACAUGGUACAGCCAGUGUGCAGGGCGGGGGUGAGAUAAAGAGCCUGUUCUUUGGGGCACCUCUUUCAGCAGGGAGCUACUUCUUAGAAGAAUUUAUUUGGUUUUACAUGAUCAUUGGCCAGUAUGGAUGAGUUGAGAGGACAGUGGAGGCCUGUUCCCAGCCGGGCUGGUGUGUACAAUGUGAUUGGAUACCCCAGAACUGGCACUCGCUGGUCCUUUUGCACAGUGUCAGCAGGGAAGGUAAGCACUCAGGAAGUCCAGAGGAUCUGAACUUCCCUGAGACCCCAGGAAGCCCUGUAGACUUCAGCUGGAGCUAUGAAAUCAGGGCUCAGUCUGGGUUUAGCCUGCACUUCCGCUACCUGUGGUGAGGAUAUGAAGGGGCCGUUGAGCCUGGCUCCUCUCCCCACCACUGAUCCCCAUCUCUUGCGCUGUUGGUCAGAUCGGACAGUGAUCCAGCGGAUCCCCCUGUGUUGAUGCAUUCAGAAAGGGGGGUUUCCUCUCUCUCCUUUUCUGUGUAAAUAGCCUUUCCCCCCAGUUAACUUUGCUGGUUCUCUGCGCUGGCACCUUCAACCAGUCUGUGACACAUCACUCUGAGCUCCAGUUUGUCUUGUCGUUGGAGCUGAGCUGAUAAGAUGCUGGAGCCAGGGGAGUGGGGAUUCCCCCGUUUUCCAGCUGGGAGCAAACUGCCUUGAGGCAGGUUAUAUUCCCCUCAGUCCACCCCACCCACCAGCCUUCGUUACCCUGCUCCCCAUAUCAUACCCAACCCAUUAAUUGACAUCUCUGCCCCAGAAUGGGGAGCUGGGUGCUGCCGUGGUUCUGCUCCCCUGGCUCCAACUCCCUGGGCCUCAGUCUCCAGAGUUUGUUCGUCUCCUUCCCUUGGAAUUUGGAUCAGUUGAGGGGACUCACAGCUGCACCAGCAGAGUCCCGGAGCCCAGGGUGUGUGUGGGAGGUUGCUCAGAGCUGGAGCGGCUGCUCCCAGGGAGGCUGGGUGCAUGGGCACUCCCAGUUGUGGCAGAGCCCCUCUCUUUUGCAUGUGUAGUUGCAAAACAUGUUAAAUUCAUUAUGCUUUAUAGAGAACAAUUCUAUUUAAAAAGCCUCAGGCGCCUUGGAAAAUCCCAGCUUGAGAUUCUGGACCAUUAUGAGAACAAUGAACAGUAAUUGCCCAAGGACAAGGUGCUAUGUAAAAUAUCCUGUUGGUAUUAUUUCAGCACUAGCUUGUAGGGAGAGCCGGAUGAUAGCAGAGAGCAACCAGGGCACAGGGAUAGCGUUACAUGUUCAGAACCCUGACUUCUCUGCUCACCUGCUCAGCCUGAACGCUGCCUUCAUCUGGGUAUUUUUUAUUUUGCAUAGAUGUCACUGUUGCUAUUCUAGUGACUGCUGAUGCUCUGAUUUUUCCUGCUCUGCUGGUGGUCGGUUUGUAUCUGUUGCAGGUGCUAACAUUUGCCUUUUUAAAGUAUCACCAUUAAAUGGGAAACUGACUGUC